AUGGGAGGAAGAGGAGCAGUGUGCAGAGGUUGGGAGGAAGACAUUUACUGGACGCACUUUCAAUUCAUCCAUUUCACCCAAUUCCUCCGCUCUGAUUUUCAUCAACAACUUGCACUUCCCAAAACAUUUUCUGACAAUAUAAAGAAGAAUUUACCAGAAAGUGUGACCCUAAAAGGUCCUAGUGGAAUGCUGUGGAAUAUAGAGUUGACAACUAGAGACGAUACCUUUUACUUCAGGCACGGAUGGAAACAAUUCGUGAAAGAACACUCUUUGAAAGAAAAUGACUUCCUUGUCUUCAAGUACAACGGUGAAUCGUUGUUUGAGGUUUUAAUCUUUGAUAGCGAGAGUUUAUGUGAGAAGGCAGCUUGUUAUUUUGUUCGAAAAUGUCAACAUGCUGCCAAUACUGAACAAGGGGGUGGAUGUUCUGGAAAGAAAAGGGACUCAGAUAAUUCUAUUGAAGAAGUUAACACUCCUAAUGGUGUUGAUGAAGGUGUUUCACCUGAGAAAUCUUUGCAUGUUAAGAGUAUCAGAGUGCCAAUUGAUGUGCCUGUCGAAACAACUAAUGGCAAGACUUCUAAUGCUGGUGUUGAAUCUGCUUCCGCCGAGGAAUUCAUGUCUGAUGCAGUCACUGACACUGAGCCAAUAAUUGUUCCCUCCAAAACAACUGGUAAACGGACGAGGAGGCCUGUUUAUGCCGAUACAUCUUUCCCGAGUAAGAAGAAAGGAAGACCACCAAAAACCGCUAGUUCUCACGAGAGAGAUCGUAAUUGUGUGUCUGGUGCUGAACUUCUUCCCAAGGUUUCUCCUAAGGCCUCUCCAAAAGUUGGAUCUGGGACCAAGGAACUAUAUACUUCAAAUAGAAGGCCUGUCACAAAAAAUGAGAUUGAAAAUACUCUUCAGUUGGCCCAGGCAAAAUGUGCCGAAGACACCUUGCUUGUAACUAUGCAAGCCACGCAUGUAUACAAGAGAUUCUUCGUGUCAUUCCCUAAUAAGUGGAUAAUAAACCAUCUUUCUCCGUCGUCUCAAUAUGUGAUAUUACGCAUGGGUAAGAAGGAAUGGCUUGGGAAAUACCGCUAUCAUAAUAUUGGUAACAAUGGAGGACUUACCGUGGGUGGAAAUAUUUUGCGCUCGAAAAUAACCUCGAAGAGUUUGAUGUAUGUUUGUUCAAGCCCGAUGGUUAUGGACAAAACAUUGAUCUUAGAAGUGACCAUUUUUAGAGUUGUUGAGGAGAUUACACCACUUACUCCGGUAAAUUCUCCGGGAAAGAAAAGGUCAAUUAAGAAAACACCAACAGGUGCUGUCCCAACAGAACUCGAGUCCUUUGAACCACUAGUAAAGAAGAGGGGACUUAACAUAAAACUGACCAGUGCUGUCCAAACAGGACGUGACUCCAUUGAAGAUGCAUCAUUGUAA